AAAAAUAUCGAGAACUUUCGAGUUUCAGCAUUACCACCUUAAAAACGAUGAAAACGCCAGAGUCUGACAGAACGAAUAAACGAUAUCAACAAUACAGACGACUUUUUGCAGAACAGAAGGUAGAGAAAAGAUGUCGUUUGUCCCAGUGCUUUGGAACCGCUAUAAUCAGACACAGCAUGAUUUUGAUGACAUGUUUCACUUUAUGGACGACUGGGAGCCUAUGUCUGUAGGUUGUGGAUAUGGUCGUCACCCACCAUGCCAGGGAAUGGCAAUGCGUAGGAGGCGCAGACCCGAGACUUCACUGGCGGAUAAAAAGUGGACAUACAGCGUAAAAAUCGGAGACUUUGAUGCACAGCAUGUCAAAGUUAAAGUUGACAACGGUAAUGUAAUCAUUCAUGCCAAGUACACUGAUGGUAACGAUGAAUGGGGAGAUACUGUUGAACGUAAACGGACAGUCAAGGUUCCAGAGAAUGUUGAUGCUGAGAAAAUGCACAGCUUCAUGAGAUCAGAUGGAACAAUGGUGUUAGAAGCUCCAUAUUUUCAUCCAGAAGAGAGGCAACUCCAAGUUGUACCACACGACGGUGGUGCCUUAUUGUCAAGUGAUAGUCACAGCAACUUGAUGAAAUUCAAUGUUGAAAAUUUCCGACCAGAGGAGGUUAAAGUGUCAUGUAAAGAUGGAAUAUUGACAGUUCAAGGAGAAAAACAGAGGUCUGAAGAUGGUCAUGAAAUACGGGAGUCAUUCUGGCGUCAGAUGACAGUUCCACAAUCUGUGGAUGGAAAGAACAUUGAAUGCUUGAAGGAUGAGGAAGGAAAUCUUACUAUCCGUGCACCAGUUGUUGAAGAUGUUGAAAUGGAACAAGCCAAAAAAUAGAUCCAUAUUUGACUGUCCAAGUCACAAUGGUGGGUUGAACUUAAUUACAUUUUUGAGGUCAAUAUUUUGUCUAUUGUGAUUUUUUUGCAAUAUUUGAACAAUCUUUUGAUGUUUCUCAUACUUUCAGUAAUUUAGAAAGAAAAAAGAAAAAUCAUUAAUGUUGCUAAUUUAAAUUGUUAGAACUUUUUUUUCUCAAACGUUUGUCAUUGUAAAGUGUAAUAUUAUUAUGAGAAGCAGUAUUAUGUUAGAUGUAUACAACAUGUUUUGACAAUCACGUAUAUUCUAUAAUGGACCUAUCAUUAUAAUGGACCAAUCAUUGAACAUUACAUAAAUUUUAGUUCAGUUUAAAAAAGUGAACAAAUAUGUUAAAACUGUGAUCUUGUGUAUACAUGUGUUUGUUUUGUUGUUGUCAGAGAAAGACAUUAAAUUAUCUGACACAGUA